AUGAGUUCAUUUUCGAGCCAUUUCUGUUCAGUCGCCUUCCCUGCUGUCUUGAUCCUGGAGCUCAUGAUCACGAGCUUCGCUUCUUGUAGCCCUCCAGGGAAUGAGACCGAUAAAAUUGCUCUGCAAGAGUUCAGGUCCCUCUUAACAGAUGAUUCUGCAGGAACCUUGGCCUCCUGGAAUGAUUCCCUCCAUUUCUGCCGAUGGACUGGAGUCACUUGUGGUCUCAGACACCAACGAGUCACCGCCUUGAACCUAGAUGGACGAGCUCUGGCUGGGACCGUGUCCCCUUAUAUUGGAAACCUUUCGUUCCUCCGAUACCUGAACCUUGCAAACAACUCUUUCCAUGGUUUCAUUCCUCCUGAAAUCGGGCGCUUGUUCAGGCUUAAAAACCUGAUCAUGAACCACAACACCUUAGGAGGUGGAAUUCCUAGAAAUCUCUCCCUGUGUCUUAGCCUCGUGACUCUUGAGCUCGACCAUAACCAUCUCCACGAUCCCAUUCCUUCCGAAUUUGGGUCACUGUCGAAACUCCAGACGCUCUCCCUUUUGAACAACAAUCUCACAGGAGCAAUCCCUGCUUCCAUCGGAAACCUAUCCAACCUCGAAGAGCUUAAUCUAAUGAGCAACAACCUGACAGGAGGAGUCCCCAUUUCUGUAAGCCAAAAAAGGCUAAAAAAAUUUGUGGCCAGUGAAAACCAGCUGAUGGGUGGCUUCCCCUCUGCUCUCUACAACUUGUCAUCCCUCAAUACCAUAGGUUUGUACGAUAACAUGUUCUCUGGUAGUAUCAGGAGAGACAUAGGCCUUCUGCUUCCAAAUCUGCAAAUGCUGGUUCUGGGAGCUAAUCAGUUCACAGGUCCCAUUCCCGAUUCACUCUCCAACGUCACCAACUUAGCAGCAAUUGAUAUCCCCUUCAAUAACUUCACCGGACAUGUCCCGGCCAGCUUCGGAGGGCUUCGAAACUUGAGCUGGCUUGGCCUUGGGUCUAAUUUUCUUGGAAGUGGCGCAACCAACAGUCUAAGUUUCCUUGCUGAUUUGGCCAACUGCAGCAACCUUAAAAGGCUGGACUUACAACAUAACCAGUUCGAAGGCGAGCUGCCUGUUUCUGUCAGUAACUUCUCAACCCAACUGGAGUGGCUACAAAUGUCGACAAACAAAAUUCGUGGGAGAAUUCCUGAAGCAAUUGCAAACCUGUUUAGUCUACAGGUAUUAUUUAUGGACGAUAACAUGCUAACAGGCAACAUUCCAAUGUCUAUUGGGAGGCUAUCAAACUUGAAAUAUCUGAAUUUGGGCCAAAACAAGUUGACUGGACACAUACCGUCGACCAUAGGUAACAUCACCGGUCUGUUACGUCUGUACUUGUACAACAGCAGCUUAGAAGGAAGCAUACGUUUGAGCCUCGGCGACUGCAAGUCCCUGCUAUAUCUGCACCUCUGUCAUAACAAAUUUACCGGGACCAUUCCUAGCCACAUGAUCAGACCGUCCUCCCUCUUAAUACAUCUGAAUGUAUCUCACAACUCUUUGUCUGGGCCCCUGCCACCCAAUGUUGGAAACUUAAAGAAACUCAUUUCUCUCGACGUUUCACACAAUCAAAUUUCAGGUGAGAUUCCUACAACUUUGGGCAACUGUUUGGGAUUCGAACAGCUGUAUAUGCAGUCGAACCAUUUUCAAGGACCCAUUCCUCAGUUCAAGGGGUUAGAAGGCAUCCGUUUUCUCGACCUUUCCAAUAACAACCUGUCAGGGCAAAUCCCAGAGUUUUUAGUUAACUUGUCGUCGUCGCUGCAAUUCUUGAAUCUGUCUUUCAACAAUCUCGAAGGCGAAGUACCUGUACGUGGGAUAUUUAGAAACACUAGUACCAUCGAAGUUGACGGCAACCGAGAGCUAUGUGGGGGCAUACCUGAACUGCGUUUGCCUUCAUGUCCAGCAAAAUCGUUCCCGAGAUCGAUAAAGCAUAGACCUUCGAAGUGGGUGGUGGACAUAAUCAUCUGUGCUUCUUGUGCAGUGGCAUUACUGUCCUUAAUAUCUCUUUUCUGGUUGAGAAACUCGAAGAAGGAACAUCUGCCUACCCGCUCCUUCGGCCAUUUUCACGAGAGAAUUUCCUAUGAUGCUCUAUUCAAAGCUACCGACGGAUUCUGUUCAAGCAAAUUGAUUGGUUCAGGUAGUUUUGGCAAUGUGUACAGAGGAACUCUUGGUCCCGAUGGAAAAAUCGUGGCCAUCAAGGUUUUGAAUCUCCAGCAGAAAGGAGCUUUCAAGGGCUUCUUGGUCGAAUGCAAAGCACUCAGCAGCAUUCGGCAUCGUAACCUUGUUAAGAUCUUGACUGCUUGUUCGAGCAUCGACUCCCAUCGUAAUGAGUUCAAAGCCUUGGUAUACGAGUUCAUGGUAAACGGCAACUUGGACAUUUGGUUGCACCCAAAUGACGAACACGUGCAAUUCAAACCUUUGAGCUUCCUGCAAAGAUUGAACAUCACGAUUGAUGUGGCCUCUGCUUUGGAUUAUCUUCACCACCAGUGCCGAGCUCCAAUCAUCCACUGUGAUCUGAAGCCAAGCAACAUUCUUCUCGACGAUGAUUUCACAGCUUACAUCAGUGAUUUUGGAUUGUCGAGGCUCAUUUUCGAUUCUAACAAAGACAUCUUUUCAAGUCAUCCUAGCUCCUCUGCUUUUCAGGGAACCAUGGGUUACAUUGCUCCAGAAUAUGGAAUGGGUGUUCGUCCAUCAACAAGUGGGGAUGUGUACAGUUUCGGAAUUCUCUUGUUAGAGAUGUUCACUGGAAGACGACCAACAGACAACAUAUUUAAAGAGAAUUUUAACCUUCAGAAGUUCGUCAAGUCAGUGUCGUCAAAGCGAGCAACGGGGAUGUUGGAUCAGUCAAUUUUCUGCGGAGAAGUAGGCGAAAGCAUGGACAAGGAGGGGAUAUGGAGAGACUGUGGAACCGACCAAGCCGAAUGUCUGAUGUCGGUUUUUGAGAUCGGAUUAAUUUGCUCAGCAGAAUCACCAAAAGACAGGAAGGACAUGAAUGGUGUCGCACGGGACUUGCUCUCAAUCAGAGACAAGUUUCUCAAAACCGGCAUCCAUGAGGAUAGAAUACAGAGCCCUGCACCAAGGGACAGGUGCGAGGAGGUGGCCUGUUCCACCUCUGGUUUUUGAGUGGGAUGGGGGGAAACUGUAAAUAGAGGCAGGCACGGCGUAGCUUGUUAGAGCCACGCGGCUCUUUCCAUGUCAAUGGCGGGCUAGCUUGGGCAUCUGCGAAGUCCUUCGUCCAUAACUGAGCUACCAGGGAGGGCCUUGGACUUUGAGGGGCUUCAGCUUGCU